AUGUCGCACGCAAGCGGGAUCACAGCAUCGCCCGAGCUGGUUGAAGAGUUCUCGAAAGCCAAGGAAGGUAAGGAGAUCAGAUUCCUCAAGGCUCAGAUCGAGGACAAGCAGAUAGUCAUCACUGAGAGGGGAAACGUGAGCGGGGAUGAGAAAUCAGACUUCGAGGCGAUGACCAAAAUUCUCGAUGAAGACGCACCUAGUUACAUCCUCUUCCGCAUCGAUGAGGGCCCUAAACCUGGAUGGCUGCUUGCGCUAUAUGUCCCAGAGAACUCCAAAGUGCGUAUGAAGAUGUUGUAUGCCAGCUCUCGCGACUCCUUGAAGCGCGACCUGGGCUCCUCCUCGUUUGUUGCGGAGAUGCAUGCUACGGACCUCGAUGAGAUGUCGUACGCGAGUUAUCAGAAGUCGACGGUCGUGUCCGAGACUGAGAGACUUUCUUUAAUGUCGCCAUCCGAGAGGAUGCGAGCAAAGGCAAGCGCCAACACGCAUAUUCAUACAGGCGUGUCAAAGUCAUACGUUCAUGCGGUCAAGUUCCCAAUGUCAGAGGAUGCCAAGGCAGCGCUAGUCGCAUUCAAGUCGAGCGAGAACAAAGCUGUGUUCCUCCAGGUAGAGCAGAGCAAGGAAACCAUCGAGCUCGAACACGUGAUGCAGGAGGUAACAGGCCCUUGGUGA